AUGGCUGCCAAAGUAGGCGAUUUUGUGAUGCCCGGUGAUAUAGCAUGUGUUGAUCAGUCCGGAGUUUGCUUGCUUGGUCCCGGAUUGCGUGGAAAAAAUGACAUAAUCUACGCUACCAUACCCGGAAUCUUAAGGGAAAACAAACCGGCGCUUUACUGGGUCGAUUCCAGACAAAAACGAUACGUUCAAGCAGAGGGUGAUCGCGUGUUGGGUGUGGUAACAUCAAAACCAGGUGGCAACUACAAAGUGGACAUUGGGUCACAUGAUCUGGCCGUCUUGUGUUACCUUUCGUUUGAAGGGUCAUCCAAAAAGAACAGACCCAACAUAGAAGUAGGUGAUUUAGUGUAUGGUAGAAUUUCAAUUGGAGAUAAUUGUUUUGAGCCUGAACUCGUCUGCAUUGACAGCACAGGAAAGAGUGGAGGAAUGGGUGUUAUAAGCAAUGGAGGCAACAUGAUAAGACUCUCUGUCAGCUAUGCCAGAAGAUUAUUAUCAGCCAAUGACAAGAUCCUGAAAACCCUAAGCAACACAUUCCAAUAUGAAAUAACAAUUGGAGAAAAUGGAUGGAUCUGGGUCAAAGGUCAAGAUGUUUUGAAAACUCUUUCACUCACUAGAGCUCUCAUUGCCUGUGAAAAAACUAACUCAACGAAUUUGAAAGAAAUUAUAAGGACAGCUUCAAAUUUUCGAUAA